AUGCUUCUGCUAACCUCACCUACAGCCUCUAUCAACGAUGUCUCCUCCCAGGUCGCCAAACAGCUCGUUGCGCAAUAUGCGACUAUCGACGAUAAGGGCAUCCAUGUGCUCGGCGGUUACCCGGGUAUCCUCUACGAACCCUACUAUUGGUGGCAGGCGGGCGCCAUGUUCGGUACCCUCCUCGACUACUGGCACUACACCGGCGACGAUCAGUACAAUGAGAUGGUCCGCGAGGGACUGAUACACCAAUUUGGUGAGCAUCAAGACCUGAUGCCCUCCAACCAGUCCAAGAACGAAGGAAACGAUGAUCAAGUUUUCUGGGCCUUCUCCAUGAUCGCCGCCGCCGAAUACAAACUCAAAGAUCCUCCCUCAGACCAGCCCGGUUGGCUCGCCAUGACGCAGUCCGUCUUCAACCAAUUCGUCGGCCGCUACCAGAAGGAAGUGUCCGAUGGCACUUGCGGCGGAGGCAUGCGCUGGCAGAUCUAUCCGUGGCUUAAUGGGUGGACGUAUAAAAACACCGCAUCCAACGGAGGACUUUUCCAUCUCGGCGCGCGAUUGGCCAUGUACACAAAGAACGACACAUAUGCCAAGUGGGCGGAGAAGGCAUUCGACUGGAUGGCGAACAGUCCUAUUCUGCCCGGCGACGGUCAAGUCUACGACGGAACCAGCAUCAGCACGAACCCUCCCUGCAGCGACGCUGAUCAAACGCCCUGGACCUACAACUACGGAAUCAUGAUUGCAGGAGCAGCAUACAUGUACAACUACACCAACGGCGCCGACAAGUGGCGCAACGAACUCACCAAAUUCAUCAACAAAGUCGCCAUCUUCUUCCCCGAAGACAAAGGCGGCGUCAUGGUCGAAAUUUGCGAAGCAAACAUCGUCUGCGACGCGGACCAGGAAUCCUUUAAGGCGUACCUCGCCCGCUGGCUCGGCAUCACCAUGCAAAUGGCCCCCGAGUUCACGCCGCAAAUCAUGCCCAAGUUGCAGAAGUCCGCCGUUGCCGCUGCGCAAACGUGCGAGGGUCCGUCUGACCACGGCGGCGGCAACCAUCAGUGUGGUAUGAGUUGGUGGAAGCAGGGCUGGGACAACAUCAAGGGUGUGGGACCGCAGAUGACGGCGCUCAAUGUCAUCAGUGUGUUGAACGCGCAGCGGGUGCCGCCGCCAUACUCACGCGAUACCGGUGGCACUUCCGAGGGUAACCCCGGGUUAGGCUCUGGAAACGAUGCCGAUCGAUUACCCAAGUUCCAAUCCGAAAUUACCACUGGGGAUAAAGCGGGCGCGGCGAUCCUCACUAUCCUCAUCUUCGCUUUGUUCGUCGGUGGGUCGGUCUGGAUAUUGAUGUAA